CUUCCGUCCCUCCGCUGCAGUUGUAGACACAGCUACAAACCACCCCUGUAAGGGAUUGAACAAGUCGAGAAUCGUUGGUAUACUCUGUCGGAGUAAAAGUCCGACGAGCAUGUACACAUCCAAUGAAGGGGAGACAUGGGUAUAGUGGGUAACAACACCUAGCGCCAGAAGGCUGCAAAAUAAUGUUGACAUUGCAAUAUAUAUUGAAUGCGUAUGCGCGUUGUUUUUGGGCUGGCUGGGUGUGUGUAGCGUGCUUGAUCUGUUUUACAUCUUCCGAGUCGGUGAGUUUGAAUCCCCUGCUUGUUAUGAAUCGGUUCCUGACUUACAUUGCAAAGCAACAGAAGAGGGUGAAAAGAGAUGAAUGGAGCAAAGUUAAGGAAAUAUCCUUUUCUAUACGCUCCAAAUACAGAAAACUUGUACAUCUUUGGCCUCUCUUUUUCUGGUCUGGGCCACAGACCAGAUCCCAGUGGUUGUUCCUGGACGUCGGAUCCAAUUGCGAGGCCCCGUCUUAGGCCUUGGGCUGCAACCACGCUUUGGCAUACGCACUUACCCCCGCAUCACUCACACUAAACCACCUCCACAAACGCAUCCCCGAGACGCACAC